AGCAGUUCUGGUCUGGCCAGUAAAGGCCAUGGAGGGAAUUGUCAAUCCUUAUCUCAGAAGAACGUCGCACGAGGUAGCAGUGGCACAGGCAUAGCACCGCAGCAGCGAAUGUACAGCUCUGCAAGUUCGAGUAGUCCUACAUCCCAAGCGGCACCCUUAGGAAAAAAGGGAAGCCUGGGCCCAGCCUCUACCGUAGGGUCCGCAAAACAGCUCAAUCACGUUACUGAUCAAG